CCGGGCUUCGGAAUGAAAGGAGGGAAGGCAGGUGAGAAAGCGAAGCCAGCGGGUGGGGAAACCGUGACGUGAACGUGCCCUAGCUUGGUGUGACAGAGGCUGGAGAGAAGGCAAGGAUCCUAAGGAACCAGACUGGAAUGUGAUGUCAUUGCAAGAGCGUGAGUCCAGCUUUGGUUGAAGGAGAACAUCAGAGAUGUCAUUAACAGGGCCAGGACUAAGGCUAAUCUGGGCCGACUGUGCCCUCAGUUUUCCCUUCUCCCUCCCUGCAUUGGACAAUUGGAUUCAUAGGCUGUGGCUAUGGACUACUUCAGUUAUUCAGGGUGGUGGUGUUUUGCAGACAACUGGCAGAGAGAGAAGUUGGCUACUACCAUGGAAUCACCAGAGGAGCCUGGAGCAGCCAUGGAUGAGAACUACUUUGUGAACUACACUUUCAAAGAUAGGUCACACUCAGGCCGUGUGGCUCAAGGCAUCAUGAAACUGUGUUUGGAGGAAGAGCUCUUUGCUGAUGUCACCAUUUCAGUGGAAGGCCGGGAGUUUCAGCUCCACCGAUUGGUCCUCUCAGCUCAGAGUUGCUUCUUCCGGUCCAUGUUCACUUCCAACCUGAAGGAGGCCCACAACCGGGUAAUUGUGCUGCAGGAUGUGAGCGAGUCUGUUUUCCAGCUCCUGGUUGAUUAUAUCUACCAUGGGACUGUGAAACUUCGAGCUGAGGAGCUGCAGGAAAUAUAUGAGGUGUCAGACAUGUAUCAGCUGACAUCUCUCUUUGAGGAGUGUUCUCGGUUUUUGGCCCGCACAGUGCAGGUGGGCAACUGUCUUCAGGUGAUGUGGCUGGCAGAUCGACACAGUGAUCCUGAGCUCUACACUGCUGCCAAGCACUGUGCCAAGGCCCACCUGGCCCAGCUGCAGAGCACAGAGGAAUUUCUCCACUUGCCCCACCGUCUACUCACUGAUAUCAUCUCUGAUGGAGUUCCAUGUUCCCAGAACCCAACAGAGGCAAUAGAAGCCUGGAUCAAUUUUAAUAAAGAAGAAAGAGAGGCUUUUUCAGAGUCACUCAGGACUAGCUUGAAGGAAAUUGGGGAGAAUGUACACAUUUACCUGAUCGGGAAAGAGUCAUCUCGUACCCACUCGUUGGCUGUGUCCUUACAUUGUGCAGAAGAUGACUCCAUCAGUGUAAGUGGCCAAAACAGCUUGUGCCACCAGAUCACUGCAGCCUGCAAGCAUGGCGGAGACUUGUAUGUGGUGGGAGGGUCCAUCCCACGGCGCAUGUGGAAGUGCAACAAUGCCACUGUGGACUGGGAAUGGUGUGCGCCUUUGCCCCAUGACCGACUCCAGCACACCCUGGUGUCUGUGCCCGGGAAAGAUGCCAUAUAUUCACUGGGUGGCAAGACGCUGCAGGAUACCCUCUCCAAUGCAGUUAUCUAUUAUCGGGUAGGUGAUAACGUCUGGACUGAGACAACCCAGUUAGAGGUGGCUGUGUCAGGGGCCGCUGGUGCCAACCUCAACGGGAUCAUCUACUUACUAGGGGGGGAGGAGAAUGACCUGGACUUCUUUACCAAACCGUCCCGACUCAUCCAGUGCUUUGACACAGAGACAGACAAGUGUCAUGUGAAACCCUAUGUGCUGCCCUUCGCUGGCCGCAUGCACGCAGCUGUGCAUAAGGAUCUGGUGUUCAUCGUGGCUGAAGGGGACUCCCUGGUGUGCUACAAUCCCCUGCUAGACAGCUUCACCCGGCUUUGCCUUCCUGAGGCCUGGAGCUCUGCCCCAUCCCUCUGGAAGAUUGCCAGCUGUAAUGGGAGCAUCUAUGUUUUUCGGGACCGAUAUAAAAAGGGGGAUGCCAACACCUACAAGCUUGAUCCUGCCACUUCGGCUGUAACUGUCACUAGAGGCAUUAAGGUGCUGCUUACCAAUUUGCAGUUUGUGUUGGCCUAAGGCUGUGAGGGAAAGAGCGGCUGACUUUUGCCCUCCCUUUCUCCAGCACCUACCCAUCCAAACUCAAAGUCCCGGAGGCCCCCAUUCAGGUACUAUGUUAUUUUUUGGCACAUGUUAGAAAGGCAGCGCCUCAACCCUUGAACUCAUAAGGGUGUUCCGUUUGGGGCUUUUUAGACUGCUGCUUCUCAGCUGGCUGGUUGAACUGAGAGUAGGCCAGCCUGUUCGCCAUCCCCUUGUAAUCCUGUGCCUCCCUACAGAGCACGUAGAGCAAGCCUCUUCUCCGCCCUUAGGCACUGCCUCCCCUCUUUACCUGAUCAGUGUUACAUAGAAGCACCCCUGAUCCCGGGACAGAAGGAAAGAUGCCCAGUCUUCCUUUUUUUCCAUAGCCUGUCAAGUGGCUAAUUGGUCAUUUUUCCACGAAGAAUUAGGUGUUAGAGUUCUCCUUCAGGCUUUGGUUGGGAGAAUGGACUAAGCUGAAGGUGUCCUUCACCAGCAAGAGUCUACCCUAGAAUUUAGGACGUUUGUCUGUUGUUUUUCAUCUGUCUGUCAAGAAAUGUAUACUUUGGUUUUAUUUUUGGCUUAUUCCAAGGAGUAAGCCAGAAAGAAGUAGAAAGGAUUAUUUCUGAUUAAUCGCAGAAACUUUUUUCAAACUCAAAUAUAUAAGGUCUCUAUUCUUUUAAAAGUUCUAAGCUAAGCCAAGAGCUAGGAACUGUUCAUACAAAUAAAAGUUUUUGAAGUGA